AUGGACGCUGAUGUCGGGACAUUGCAUGACGACGACGACGAUGACAGUCAUAGCACUACCACAGUGUUGACAACUACUACAACGAAGACUACUUUCACUACUACGGCAACAACUAUUACGGUUACGACGUCGCCGAAACGAUUACUAGGAAAGAGAACAGCGGAUAGCUCAACUCUAGCUCCUCAGACAAAGUCUACUAUGAUGACAAACGUCGCCACACCUAAACACCACAACCAGACAUCCAGUAAUGGAUCCGACAACCUCGUCAUCUUCUACAUCAGCAGCUACAGAACCUACAGCUACAACUCCAGCAUCGUCCUGGAAUGCCUCUGUGCUGCAUUGCUCCAAUGGCGUAACGUAAGCAAGUCGAAGAACGUCACGGAAGGUUCAAAUGUGACCUUCAUCUGCGACGCUCAUUGGUCAAACAGAAUGCCGGUCAGCUCCAACACCCAGUGGUACAUCAACAACGUAACAGUGGAUGAGGAGGUCCAGCGAAAAAUAAACUUCUGGCUGUCGGACGACAUGACGUCAAUGACAUUCACCAAUGUCAGCUGGAAAGAUGCGCUAAACAUACAGUGCAGAGUGACGCAGAAUAACCAGUCGAUUUACAACUGCGCUUACCUCAACGUUCUCGCCAGAACCGAAGUGAACAUCCAUCGCACCAUCUCGAAAACUGACGAAAACGUGCUCACACUGGGCGUCACUGUUUACAAAGAUCCACUGCUGGUGGCAGAAGAUUUCCAAAUCCAGUGGUUCGUUGUACAAUAUGGCGGGAAAUCCCACGAGUGGACCCGCAAAGAGUGGAUCUCGCUAAACAUCGGACUCACGCGGAAAGUACAGUGUGUGGUGUGGAACAAGUACCAAACCGUCUCCAAGGAGAUUAUUGUAGAAGAUCUUAUUGAAGAGAUGGGCCUGCAAGACAAAAAUAUCAAGACUGUGCCCGACGAGCCGUCGGCGUGGGUGAAACACGUGGCGUGGAGCUCCGUGGUGAUAGUCCUCAUCAUCGCCACGCUCGUCGUCCUCAAGAAGAAAUCAAAGUGGAUCCAAAAGAAGUGGAAGGAACGGAAGGAGAAACAGCGUGUUCGCUUCAGAGUUGCUCUAGCUGCUGCUUGUAACUUUCAGAAUUCAAACAAAUACGUGGACAUGCCUCGACACCAAGACGAUUUCCCUGUAGAGAGAAUUCGAUUCCUUGACACGAUCGGAGAAGGCAAUUUUGGAAAGAUUAUGAAAGCCGAAGCCUUAGAUAUAAACAGUUCUGGAACGUGGGAAUUGGUGGCUGUUAAAAUGUGGAAAGACACAGCCACAGACAGCAUGAAAGAGUCGUUCUAUCACGAAAUGAUGAUGAUGAAGAAAAUACCAAAAUAUGUCCACGUUGUCGCGUUUUUAGGCUACAACUUGAAAUCAGACCCGGCGUUCCUCGUCAUGGAGUAUAUACCAGGAGGCGAUCUUCUUACCUUCCUACGGAAGAGACGUCCUGAGAAUGCCAAGAAGAAACAAGCCCAGCAAGCAACAGACUUGACCUUCGUAGAAGGUACUACGUCACCGAAUGGUUGCUCGAAAGAUGAGAAGUCUGACGGAGUUGUGAGUCACACUGCAGCAGAGGAAGGUACUGAUGAUGCCAAAGCGAAUGCUGAGGUGACUUCGGCUAAUCUGGUGUCCUCCAAAGACCUGGCGUCUUUCGCCAUGCAGAUCUGCCGCGGCAUGGCGCAUCUAUCUAAUAAUAAGAUAAUUCACCGAGAUGUGGCCGCCAGAAACGUGCUGGUUGGAGUUGGAAAUGUGUGUAAGAUAUCUGACCUGGGCCUGGCACGAGACGUGGAGGGCUGUGAUGCCUAUGAACGCUCAUCUCUGGGUCCUCUCCCUAUACGAUGGAUGUCUCCGGAAUCCCUAAAAGAUGGACUUUACACCUACAAGUCAGAUGUUUGGUCCUUUGGUGUUGUGCUUUGGGAGAUUGUUACUUUAGGAGCCAGUCCGUAUUCAGGGAUGUCUGCCAGGCAGGUGAUGGCGGCCGUUACUGAAGGAAAACGUCUUGAGAAGCCAGCGUUCUGCAGUGAUCAGAUAUACAAGAUAAUGACGGACUGUUGGAGCAGUGCUCCGGACCAGAGACCGACAUUCAGCCAGCUCGUGAAGACCGUGGAGGAGCUGCUAGAACAGGAGGCCGAAUACAUUCAGCUCGAGGAUUACGAGGAAGGCAUUUACGACGUCAUCGAUCCUAAUGACGUCGACAUUGAGGAGGAGAGACUAUGAGAGGCAGUCAGUAGAAUAGAACAGAAUAGAGUAGAAUACUUGUUUCACAACACCCCAGCACGAAAAAUCUAUAGGGUAAAUGUAAGAGAAGCAAUCAAAAUUAUAUGUUUAUGUCUCGGGUAUUGGAUAUACACUGAUGAAAUCUCCAGUAAAGGAUCUCAUCGGGAAGUAGAGUACCUGUCCUCCUAUAGAUGAGGCACUAGAUAGAGAUUCAUGGAAUCAACCACUAUUUUGCCAAAUGCCCAUUCGACUCUGCACUGUGCAGAGAUGAUGCUCCAAUCACUGUUUUGUCGUUCAGAAUCAAAAGUAAGUACACCAAAACAUUACCAAAUGAAAUGGCAACCUGUACCCUUAAUGCUCUUUGUGAACUGUGAUAUUCACAUUUGAUGGUGAUUAUUAUAUAUGUAUACCAGUGUUCAUAUCUCACUAAAUGAUUACACUUUCGAAAUACAACUCUUG